AUGCCCGCGCCGAAGCGAACGCGCGCAGCAGACGAGCAACCCGAAGACCAGGACAAUGAGCGCCAGCUGUCGGCCGACACCCCCGAGAGCUCUCGCCGGACUCGCCGUUCACCACUCCGCCGUAAUGCGACUGCACCCUCUGCCCUGUCCCCCGCACGGACAGCAUCCCCCGCCGAACGCCGUAGGACGCGUCCGCCCACGACUUCGCCGACACUGACGCGCUCCGCCUCCCUCUUCGGUUCCAGCCGGGGCGGCAACGGCGCGUCUGCCUCCCCCUCUCCCUCUCCCGUCCCCGCAUCCCUCGGCCUUGGCGUCGCUACAAGAAGUCGCGGUGGGAUGCUCCUCCGCGCCCAUAGUACGAGCGCCGUCCCCUCCCUGUCGCAGAUCAAGGAGGUCGCGUCUGGCGGUUCCGGCCCACCGGCGAUCAAGGGUGGAGACGGCGGCGACGCCGGCCCCUCCGGUGGUCCCCGCUUCGGCAAGGGGAAGGAGAACAUUCCCCCUCCGCGCGACCCGCAGCCCCCGCCCCGCCCCUCUCCCGCCGAGAGCUCGCGCAAACGCGUCCGCGUCAGCCGACAACUCAGCCGUAACCGCUCCAGCAGCAUUUCCAGCCUCCGCAGCGAAAGUGCAGGAGUUUCUGCCGCCGCCGCUGCGGGUCCCAGCCGCUCUGCCGACCUGGCAAGGACUAGCUCAUGCUUACCGAGCCCGUCACCGUCGCCGUCGCUCGCGACGACGGCGUCGUCGCAGGACCGUGAGCGCAUCGUCUCUCCCGACGGCGACAUGGACGUCGAUCUGAAAGACCCCAAGGGCAAGGGCAAGGCCAAGGAGGAGAUUCUCAUCACGCCACCGCCGUCGUCUCCUUCUGCCACUGAACUCGCCUAUGCCAUGGACGAUGUGACGUGCCGCGAUGCGUCUCAGAGCCCGUCGCCCGAGGUCGUUCCCGCCAACCCAUAUCGCGCUCUCAAGGCCAAGCUGCGUCUCUCUGCGCGCUCCUCUGAUGCGAUUGAUGCCAUCGUCGGACGUGAGGACGAGAAGGCCGUGUUCCAGACCUACCUCGGCCUGGUAUCCACCGAGGAUGUGGGGAUGUACGUCUCGGGCCCGCCGGGAACGGGCAAGACUGCUCUGACCACCGCCGUUGGAAGGUCGCUCGCCGCGCAGGGGUGGCGCGUCGCCGAAGUCGGCGUCAUGGGCCUAAAGGCGACUGACGUGUGGUCUCGUCUCGGCUCCGAGCUGGGGUGCGGCAAGACCGAGGCGGCUGUCUCGAAGCACCUCUCUUCUGACGGGCACAAGACGUUCAUCAUUCUCGAUGAGGUGGACUCCCUCCUCCCUCCGCCACCGACACUGGCCCCCCCGGCCGUCUCGCACGUCCUCUCCAAGCUGUUUUCGCUUCCCCUGCUCUCGUCGUCUGACCGAACCAUCAAGCUCGUGGCGAUCUCAAACACGCUCGACCUGACUGUGCGCGCCAACCUCUCGCUCGCCUCGGGCGCCAUGCCCCAGGUCCUCUCCUUCCGCGCCUACACCGCGCAGGACAUGGGCCGCAUCGUGUCUGACCGUUUGCCGUCUGAGGGCGUGCAGGUCGACAGCCGUGCGUUGGAGCUGCUCGCACGCAAGGUCGAGGCACAGAACGGCGACCUGCGCAUGUGUCUGGGAGUGCUCUCCUCGGCCGUGUCUCUUGCGGAGACAGAGUGGACGAAGAAGGGCUCCGAGGUGCUCGUGAAAGUCGCGCUGCCGCACGUCCUCAAGGCGUUCGCGAGCCACACACAGGCCCUCCGCGCCGCAGCGGGCAGCAGCAGUGCGGCGCCCUCAAGUGCGGUGGGGAACAAGAUCAGGAGUGUACCGCUGCAAGGCCGCCUCGUGCUCGUCGCGCUGCUCGUGUUCCUCCUCCGCCAGCGCUCGGGGCAGGCCGGCUGUCCCACCGGCGCCGUGUCCGAGUCCCUGACCGUGUCCUCUUUGUACGCGACGUACUCGCACCUCCUCAGCCACGAGAGCAGUCCCCUCCCGCCAGCCCCCGAGAGCGACUAUCGCGACCUGCUCUCCAACCUCGAGACGCUCGGCAUUGUGGCGCUCUCCAACCCGGCAGUGAAGAGCAAUGGGCGUCCGCCGAAGGCACUCGCCCACGGGCCGAAAGUGGCGCUGUGCGUGAGGGAGGAGGAAGUGAAGGCCGGAUUGGGGCUGGAAGCGCCCAAGGGCAGCGCGGAGGAGGAGUGUGCCCGCGUCUAUGGACGGGAGGAGGAGAAGGUCGGGAGGAUGAGGGCGAGGAGAGUUGCGCAGUUGGAGAGGGCGGAGAAUGGGCUGGUCGAGUGA